UCAAGUGAAUUGGAUCGUGUGUGUGAUUAUUGUGCGAAUUUGUUCUUUUAGCCAGCGAAAAGAUACAAUGAUUUAUCUUUAACGCAGAAAAUCAGUGUCUCCUAACAUGACAACACCUAUCCGUCUCGAGAACGAGCAGCUGGGAUCGGCCCAUUUUGACGCUAUCCGGGAGCAGGACGAAGCUCGGGCUCUCGAAGAUGUGCGCCAAAAGGAACGCGAGCUCGAACAAGAGGCGGUUCACGCCUUUGACGAUCUUCUUGAACACUCUCAAAGCAGUGAUACCAGCUCCUACUACAAACCACCGACGUCCCAGUUUGAGGUUAAUCACCGCGAAGAGCUUUAUAAUCAAUGCCAAAAGGAGUUGGAAGAUUCACGGAAAGAGAACAUUCGUCUUGUUACUGAGCUCAGUAUUCUUCGAAGGGAAUUCGCACAGUUAGCCAAAGAUAAGUCGACGCUCGAAGAUGAAUUGCAAAAAGUUCAGACCCGCGUAAGUUUGCUCGAACAGGAAAACGGGGAGCUUUCUGACUCUCAAAAUGUUCAUCGUGUGAAGGAUCAGUAUGAAGCAGUCAUAGAAAAGCUCAACGCAAGCCACAAACGAGAGAAAACUGAUAUUAUACAGCAGCUUAACAAAUACAAAGAAGAAGCACAGUUAGCGCGGAAUCACAUAUGCGUUUCGCAAGAGAUCCGCGAGGAAAAAUGUAAGCUGGAGCAGGAGCUGCGAACACUUAGAACAACUGUCGAUAGCCUCCAUCAGAAGGAAUUGGAGCUGCAGUUAAAAGUGACCGAACAAUCAAUCCUUCUUAGGGAAAAGGAGCAUUCAGCGAGUCUCUGGGAUAGUGGUAAUGAUGCCAUUAUGAAGAUCUGCCAGCUUGCCAAUAUCUCUCCCGCUGUUGACAUCGUUGGCAAAUCUGAAGACAAAUAUAUACUACUGUUGGACGCAUGUUGCGAUCGAUUCCGCGCGUUUAGGGAUGGCUUAUCACAAAAGACUCUCGAGCUGGAGCAGGCAAAACGAAAAUGCGACGAGCUGCGAGUGUGUAUCGGGGCACUCGAAAAAGAGAAUCACGUACUAAAGGAAAAACUUGAGCACAAUAAUUCCGAUACCGAGAGCCAAAGCGAGACCGCCAAGUUAGGUCAUCUCAAGGCUGCCCAAGUGGCCCGGGUUGCUGCGGAGCAGCUCGAAAGUCAUAAUUUGCAGCUUAAACUUCAAGUACAGACACUUGAGGAGCAAAAAUCGAAACUACAGUUGGAGCUAAAGAACCUUAUUAAUGUCGAUGCAAAGCAUAAGGCCGAAAUUGCCGAAUUAAUGAACGAAACCCGCCAACUGGCCAUCGAGUGCCAGCGGGCUCGUGAAGAUGCUACAGAGGCUCGGCGCUUAGAGGAGAUGGCCAAGGAUUUCAUGGAAAAUGAAAAAGAGUUCGCGAGAAAAGAAGCCAAUGCGAUGGCUACAGCCCGACUUGAGGAAGAGGUGCGACGCAUGGAAUCACAGUUGGCUCGCGAAAAAGAGGCAGCCAGUGAAGCUAUCGCGAGGCAACUGCGAGCGGAAUGCGUUCGCCAGUUGCAGGAAAGACUCACAAAGAUGGAGCUUCAGAAGGAUGAGGAACUCCAGCGAGUUUUGGACACCGAAAGGAAAAGUGCUCAGAGCAAGGCUGAUGAGCUCCAUGAGAAGGUGGUUAUUCUCACCGAGGAGAUAGACGAACUUCGCAAAGAACACCUUGAAGCUUGCCAGCAAAAAAAAGAAACUACCGAACGGCUGAAAAAAUUUGAGACUGAUCUUGACGAGGCUCGCUAUGAACUCACGCACAAGGACGAUCAAAUAGCGAGGUUGAAGUCACAAGUCGAAGAUAUGAGGCUCGAAGAUGAAGCUCGCGUCGGCGAGGUGGCUGAAAUGCAAAAAAAAAUGACAAAUCUACAGGCUGCUGUGAAAAAAGCGAAGCUGCUUUUAGUCAAAACCGAAACUGAAAAACAAACGACAAUGGAAUCGCAUCAGAAAAUAGAAAGCGAAAACCGAAAUUUACAAGCGAAAUUAGACGCAUCAUCUCUUACUCUUAGCGCAAUGCAAAAACGGUGUGAGAAGUUGGAAGCGGCCUUACAUGUGCUAGGUCCUCGGGAUCAGGAAUUGCCGGGCGGAUCUGGUGAUACGGUCAUGCAAGAUACCUGUGCGAAGCUUUCUACGGAACUUAACGAUUGCCGAAAAAGACUGCUUGACGCUGAAAAGGAGAAUACUAAGUUGCAUGGACAGCUCAGACACAGACGGAGUACCAUAGAGAAAGUCCGUGAUCAGCUUGUAUCGAUAAAGGAACAAGGUCAUAGAUACGUCGCUGAACGUCGUUAUUUCGUACAGAUAAUUGACAAACUCGAAGAUGAAGUGGCUGCUUGGAAGCGACGAGAGACAGAUGUUCGGGUUGCGCUAGAGGGUGUGACCGAUAAGGUCAUCGAAACGCUGGUGGCAAGACACGAGUUCAUACCUUGCAAGGUCAAUGUAUUUGGCAUUGCUACCUCUUAAUCUACGCAUUAUUACAUUUUAUAAUGGUCUCCGCUCGGAUUUUACAGGAGGUGUUACCUUUAUGUACUUCAUACAUUCAUUUGUAAUUCGUUUGUAAAGCGGAUGGUGUAGUUAAGUCUACGUUUAUAUUAUUAUGACAAGGCGAGCCCGUACUCCGAACCAUCAAUCACGUGGGUAGUUUUGCCUUUACAUUGAGGUAGUAUGCGGGUAAUAGCUCUGUCGGUGCUCAAGGAAAUCUAUGUGAUUGUGAUUCCAGGCAUGGACAGAACCCACCCCGUUCGCACAUAAGCUACAUGUCGGGUAGCUUAUAUGCGAUGGAAUCAGAGCGCAAAUUAUAUACCUGUCAGUAAAGACAGCAAUAACUAUUUUAUAUUCAUUGUAGUUUUCAGAGGCAAGAGGACCGAUAUAUAUGUAUAUAUUUAGAAUGUAACAAAACGAAAAGUACCUACAAUAUAUGCCAAACUAUUCACUAUUUUUGCCAGUCUUUGAAUAAUUGUAUUUAGGUGAAGUCACCUGGUAAGUAUGCGUUAGAGGAUAUUAAUUAUGACAAGAAAAAUACAUAAUAAAAUCUGCGGAAGUAGGUUUAAGCAAAACAAAGGAGUAGUAUGUUACUUUUUUUUUUAAAUAUCGUAGUUAGUAGCAAAGACAACCUUUAAUAUAUUAGAAAACACCCAAUGCGGAACUAAUAACAAUCUAAUAGCAAAGUAAGUAGCAGUGAACAUGAGAAGGGUAUAUAUAUAUACGAACACUAUUCAUUAGUGUUUACACCACUUUUAUAUAUGCACUUUUAUAUUAUAUAUAUAUUACUCCACUUUAUGCUUUACUCUCCUCAUGUUCACUGUUACUUAUUUUAUUACUAGAUUUUUAUUUAGUUCUGCAUUGGGUGUUUUCCCUAUAUAUAUAUAAUAUAGAACAUGUUCUUCCAUGUGUCCUACAGUAAUACACAUGUCCUACGUAAGUUACACACAGAGGCAUAUAUGCAAACGUACGCCGGGUAAACUCUUAAACAACUUGGAAAAUUGUAUUCAGUAACAAAAAGUGAUCGUCACGACUUAUAUUUUAUUAAAGCAAUCUUUCAGAGAGGUGACAUAUGUUUGUUUUCUUUGCUAUUGAUGUGAUGCAAUAACCAUAAUGCGGUUUCUGUCAUCAAUCAAAUUUACUCAGCCGGGCCUGUUAUCAAACUACAUGGUAGUGCAUUUUUGAACAGCUGUUGAUUUACCGUAA